AUGAACAACGCNGACAAGAAAGAACAAUUGAAAGCCCUCAAUCGACAACGAGGCGCAAUAAAGGCGAAACUCACAUCGUUUCAUCUUUUUAUAGAAACAUUAAAGGAAAAUAGCGAUAGAAUAGAAGAACACGAAGUNAUAAACUUGGAACAGAGGCUAUGUCGAAUCAAAGAUUUGCUUUCUGAUUACGAUGCAUGUCAGGCGGAAGUUGAGCAACUGGUAGAAGAUGACGCACUGGAGGAGUGCUACAAACAGAGAGCAGAUUUCGAAGCAAAGUUUUAUCAGACAACGGCAAAAGCGCAAAGGCUUAUCAACGAGCUAAAACCAGAGGAACUAAUCACUAAUCAGAACAAUGCGGUAGCCUCCGACAUUGAAUCACAAAUCACGGCUGCNCUGCAUCGCAAAAUCAAGCUUCCUCAACUAAAACUCCCACAGUUUGACGGAUCAUACGACAAAUGGCCAGCAUUUCACGAUAUGUUUAAUUCCGUUAUUCACUCAGAUCAAAGAAUCGAUCCAAUCGCGAAAUUUCAGUAUCUACAGAGUUCCCUAACGGGCGAAGCGUUGAAAGUUCUCGGUGGACUUGAGAUCUCAGCAAUAAAUUAUGAAGCGGCAUGGGAGUUACUCAUCAGGAGGUAUCAGAACANUAAUCUGAUGAUUCACAAACAUAUAGCAGGCCUAGUUGAGCAGCCGAAGAUAACAAAGGAAAGCUAUGAAUCGUUACGCAAAUUAGUGGANGCUGUUCGAGGUCACAUGCGUGCUCUACUAGCGUUAAAACAACCAGUGAAUCAAUGGGGUAGCUUGUUGAUAUAUUUGAUUUCAGACAAGCUUGAUGCGUCAUCCAAAAGAGAGUGGGANAAAGAACUUGUAGAAUGCAAGGAAUUACCAGACAUCGAGGGUUUCUUAGACUUUCUCGAGAAAAGAUGUCAGCUCCUCGAGAAAAUAAGCAAGCAUCUUAAGACGCCCAUUGAAACACAGUCAGCCAAAACGAUAAGCAAAACAAGGGGCAAUUCAUCAACGCUCUCGCAUACCGCAACAAACAGGGCAAAGUGUCCAUCGUGCGAAGAAGAACACGGUUUAUUUGCGUGCAAAUCCUUCAUCGAUUUGCCGNUNAGUGCACGAAUAGAACAAGUCAAAAGAAAGAAAGCUUGUUUAAACUGUUUAAGGUUAGGUCACAUUGCAGUAAAUUGCAAGUCACAAAAAUGUCGCAAAUGUGGAAAGUCUCAUAACACGUUGCUGCAUUUGGAAAGAGUGGAAAAUCAUGAAGAAUUGAAUAACAAUAAAACACCAACGCAAGAAGCCCAAGCGGAAAGUAGGGAAACGCAGGAAAUCGUAUCAGCGCACGUCACAACAAGCAAGAUCACACGUGUACUACCCACGGCAGUUGUCAAGAUAAUUGCAGGAAAUGGACAAGUGCANAGAUGCAACGUACUUCUUGAUUCGGGCUCUCAAUCCAAUUUUAUGACACUGGGCCUGUGCAACUCGUUAGGCCUUCGUACCGUCAAAACANAUACCACAGUAACCGGCAUAAGUCGAACAGAAACCAGAAUCCAAGAGACAGCAAAGGCGACUAUCAAGUCAACACACAGUGACUACAANGCAGAACUUGUGUUCAUGAUAGUUCCCAAAAUCACGUCGUAUUUACCCAGCGAGCCGUUGGAUCUCGAGAAGACAAACGUCCCGAAUAACGUUCCUCUUGCUGAUCCAUACUUCCACAAGCCGAAGAGAAUACAGUUAUUAAUCGGUAUUGAUCUCUUUUGGGAUUUGAUUUGCUAUGAGCCUACAGGGCAUCCUUAUUUGCAUAAGACGAAACUGGGCUAUAUCGUCUCCGGAAANCUACAGCAGGAAUGUGUCAACAAUGCCUUACUAGCCUGCAAUUUGUCAACCAACAUAAGCGACGUUUCUCGUCAGUUAGAACGCUUUUGGGAGGUUGAAGAAGUAUCACAUAGCCGCAUUCUAUCGCCAGAAGAGCAGGCAUGUGAGACACUUUUUCUUGAAUCAACUAAGCGCGACAACAACGGUCGGUUUAUCGUGUCCAUUCCGUUCAAAUCGUCUCCCGGCAAAUUGGGUGACUCUAAAGAAUUAGCCAUACGACGGCUAAAGGCAUUAGAGAGCAGAUUGCAAAGAAAUGAGGCCAUGCGGCAUCAGUACAUAGACUUCAUGAGAAAAUAUGAAGAACUAGAUCAUAUGAGAAAAGUCGUCGAUGAUAGUCCUGCAACUCCAUUGUAUUAUCUGCCUCAUCACGGUGUGAUGAAGGAAAACAGUCUCACAACAAAGUUACGCGUUGUUUUCAACGCUUCAGCACCUACGACAACGGGCCUAUCGCUCAACGACAUACAGAUGGUUGGACCUACCAUACAACAAGACUUGUUAUCAAUCCUUUUNUGUUUCAGGCAACAUCCAUACGUGGUGGGAGCUGAUAUCGCUAUGAUGUACCGUCAGGUGCUCAUCGAACCGUCUCAAUGCGUCUUUCAACGCAUACUUUGGAGAGAAAAUCCGUCCGACNCAGUUGAGACAUACGAAUUGCGUACGGUUACUUACGGAAUGGCCUCCAGUGCCUUUCUGGCCAUCAGGUGUUUGUUCAGCCUGGCUGAGGAGUAUCAGGAAUCCUUCCCCGAGGCGGCAAACAUUGUACGCAAAUCUAUGUACGUAGACGAUUUGUUGUUUGGAGCGCCAUCACGUGCGGAGGCAGUUCGGCUCAUUGACGACGUGACACGUAUUUUGGCAACUGGGUGCUUUGAGUUGAGAAAGUGGGUAUCCAACGACUCACAGCUACUAGAAGCAAUCGGAAGAUCCGGUGAUAGUCACCAGUUCAUCAAGCUNGGUGAGACUGAAACCACGAAAACUUUAGGAUUAUCAUGGUCUGCUGGCAAAGACGAACUGAUUUAUCAUGUCGCAUUGGAUGAUGGCCACGAACCAGCCACGAAAC